UAAAUCCAUGUGUAUUUAUAUAGAUCUAUAUAUUUAUAUGUAUAUGGAUAUGGAUAUGGAUAUGGAUGUAUAGCCACGAUGAUGAUGAUCGGCGAUAGGAGGGUUCCUUAUAUACUCCCAACAAAGAAAACUUUGUGCGGAGGCACGUCGUCUUGUAACUGUAGUUGUGCUCUCGGUCUCGGUAAUUCGCCAUGUGGCAUUCGAAAAUAUACUACAUCGUUCUAAGUUAUAUAUUUAGAUACACAAGAAACGAGAAAGCCAGAGUGAGAUAGUUAGACAUAUAAAAGAAACGAGUUGAGAUUACGUACGUUGAACUUUGUCGUCAGUGCAAUGUAUUCUGUAGCAAUAUGCUCGUGGGCAUGUAAAUAUAUUCAUUUUUAUUUAUUAGCUAUUUCUUUUUUUUUUUAUUUUAUUUAUUUGUAUUUUCAUUCCACUCGGGUUAUUAUUGUAGCCAUUGAUUUGAUUGUUACUAUUGCCAGUGCAGAUAAAUUUAUCGAUUAAAAAUAACGUAACAACUGAUUGUCAUUUCAUUGAAAACCGUCAAUGGAUUGGACGAUUGGAGAGAAAGGGACGGUUGUGUUACGGUCUGGAGACUAGCUUAACUAUAUUCUGUUGUAUUAUUAUGUCCGUCUGCGAGCUCGAAAGUACUUACGAUUAGAGCUGUUGCGUUCCUCGUAAAGGCCACGAGAAGGUUGCUCUUGCACUCUUAACUUAGCCAUCAUAUGUAUACUGAAAUAUAUAUAUAUAUAUAUAGACAAAUAUAUGCAUAAAGUAAUUUGAAUAAUUAAAUUGAAUAGAGUGACAAAAUACUUGAGCUUAAUUCAAGUUAUGUCUUAACUAUUGUCGCUGUUAAUUGUCACGCUCGUGUUUGAUACACAUAUUUAUAAAUAUGAUAUGAUAAAUGAUGUGUAUGAUAUAUAGUACAGUAUAUGAAUAUAAAAUAAUUAUUUUUACGGGAACAAAGAUAAUUCGUGAAACGGUAAUAUAAUGUAUAUUGUAAUUAUUUGUGGUUAGUUGGUUACACAUUGGGAUAAAUGGAAGAAGAAGAAGAUACACGUACAAGUAUUAGCAGCACCGACGACGAGGACGAGGACGAUGUAUUCGGUAGACCAUCAGAUACUGGCGCGCCGUACGUAUUGUACAAGGACAACAUGGAGAGACCCCAGGGCCAGUGGGCUCCGGGGCCAGGAUCUCUCCAAGAUGGUGGUCUGUAUGCACAGCAGCAGCAACAGCAGCAACAGCAACAGGCAUCAUCCUCCUCCGGUAGUCCACAGCAGCCUUGUGGUCCACCGGUCGAAGGUGGUGAAACGGGACCUCCACCAACACUGGCGUCUCCCGUGCCCUCACCAUAUCCAUCAGCACCACCCGAGCCUCAGGCACUGACCCCACCAGAGGACGACAUACAGUCCGGUCAGUCGUCGGCUCAGCAACAGCAGCAGCAGCAACAACAGGCACAACAACAACAACAGGCACAACAGCAACAACAACAACAACAGCAGCAGCAGCAGCAGCAGGUCCAACAGCAACAAGUCCAACAGCAGCAACAGGCACAACAGCAGCAACAAGCACAGCAGGCACAACAGCAGCAGGCACAGCAGCAACAGCAACAACAGCAGCAACAACAGGCACAACAAGAGCACUCGCCACAGCAGCAGUUGACACCACACGAGGUCGACCGCAGCGACUGCUUUCCUGGUGCAGGUGAACUUCAGCAAUAUCCUCAACACUACUUCAAAGAGACUCGGCCGCAUCCGUCGCCCUCGGUACCGCCACAUAUGCUAACUCCGGGUGGUUUCUCAGCACUGCACUACUUAAAACAACCGGGUGUUAUGUUGACGUCAUUGGGGCAAGGCGACGGAGGGGCGAGUUUAGAAGCUCACCAGUACGCGAGUCCCGGUGCCCCAAAUAUGGCAACCGUAUUGCCAGAUAUUGUUCAGCAAAACGGCAAAUCCUCAAAGGGUGGUGCUAAUAGUGAUCUGCGGUUGUUCAAGUGCUUAACGUGCGGAAAAGACUUCAAACAAAAAUCUACAUUGCUGCAACACGAGAGGAUCCAUACGGACAGUCGGCCGUACGGAUGUCCAGAGUGCGGAAAGCGGUUCAGGCAACAGUCACAUCUAACGCAACAUCUAAGAAUUCACGCGAACGAGAAGCCCUAUGCUUGCGUUUACUGCGAGCGUACCUUCCGGCAGCGCGCCAUCCUCAACCAGCAUCUGCGCAUCCACUCGGGUGAGAAGCCAUACCAAUGUCCGGAGUGCGGAAAACACUUCCGUCAGAAGGCGAUCCUGAAUCAGCACGUCCGCACACACCAAGAUGUGAGUCCGCAUCUGAUCUUCAAGAAUGGUAUGACUCCAACGCUCUGGCCGCAGGACGUACCAUUUCCCCCGGAGGAGGGCAAGGAGGAGGUUGCCUCGACUUUCGGUGAUACCGACACCCAGUCGGGGGCAUUCAGUCCAUCACCGGACGGCAAUUCCAUCCAGUACCCUGCCUACUUCAAAGACCCAAAAGGCGGGAAUCACGCGGUCUUCGGGGCCGGUGGACCUGGCAGCUUCGGUGCACUUCAGUACAUUAAACAGCAGGGUGGGUCCAACAGCGGUCCCAACGGCAGCAAAUCCUGUUUACCAGACGUCAUUCAGCACGGCAGAUCUGCGGGUAUGCCUCUCUACGUUAGGUGUCCAAUUUGUCAGAAGGAGUUCAAACAGAAGAGUACCCUUUUGCAGCACGGCUGCAUCCACAUCGAGUCAAGGCCGUAUCCAUGUCCAGAGUGCGGCAAGAGAUUUCGUCAGCAGUCACACUUGACGCAGCAUCUUCGUAUCCACACAAACGAGAAGCCCUACGGAUGUGUCUACUGCGGUCGGAACUUCCGACAGAGGACCAUUCUCAAUCAGCACUUGCGCAUCCACACGGGAGAAAAGCCUUACAAAUGUCAGCAAUGCGGCAAGGAUUUUCGUCAAAAGGCCAUCUUGGAUCAGCACACACGCACGCAUCAGGGGGACCGGCCCUUUUGCUGUCCCAUGCCCAACUGUCGGAGGCGCUUCGCGACCGAGCCAGAAGUGAAGAAACACAUCGACAAUCACAUGAAUCCACACGCAAGUAAAGUGAGGAGAAACUCGAGCAGCGACGGCAAAUCUUCCGGCACACCAACGGCACUUGGGCCUGUACCAGUUCCACGUGGUCUUACACCGACAGUCGUAAAACCUGAGCUAUACUUUCCUCAGUGUUACGCACCCGCAUUCAAUCAUCAACCACCAGUUUCAUCCUCACAGUUUCCCGGUCAAACCAACGGAGUUGCUGUAACUGGAGAAUUUAAACCACCGUCGGCACUGCCACCGCAGUGACUAACCGUCCAUCCUGCAGCCUAUUAGCAAGCAGGAAUCCCGCUAAAGUAUCAGCGUUGCUUCACGCCCAUUGGAAAUAAUUCUGGAGCUAGUACUUCUCUAACAACAUCAUCAACUCCACCGGAUCCAGCUUCAACUUCUGAUGUAUCGUCGCAUUUGUGUCAGCCACUACAGCAACACUACCCGUGACAUUUAUCGUGCAUUUAUUAGCAUUUCGUCUUUCAUUUCUUUCCGGUUUGUUUUACUUUCAUUUUCAUUACAUUAUUAUUAUUAUUAUUAUUAUUAUUAUUAUUGUGAUUAUUAUCAUAAUUAUUAUUAUUAUUAUUGCUGUUAGAUUUUUUUUUAAUAUUAUCAUUAAUUGCUACUACUAUAAUUAUUACUAUUCUUCCAUUUUUCGUGCCGAUUUGUUCGAUUACAUCUGAACACAUAAAUAAUAUAAUAAUGACGGUUACUCGAUUCUCGUACUUUUUUUUUAAACGAUUACGAGCGCGUUGUGAAUUUAAAAUUCGUGUUUUCAGCGAUUUAUGUACAGCGCAACGCAUUCUGAAAUCGUCAAAGGGAAGAAAAGCCAAAAAAAAAAUUUCAAAAAAAUAAAAAAAAAAAAAAAUUAAUAAUAAUAAUAAUAAUAAAACUCGUACUAUAUAGUUAUAAAACCGUAAAAAAAAACGCGUUUCUUUCCCUCAAUGGGUUGAAAAUGUUCGAUUUCGACCAGACUGAAACGAUUGUGAUACAAUAUUUAACUUGCCUAUGUUUUAAUGAAUUGAUUGAAGUCAAGUUGAGUAUAUUGUGAAUCUUGGAAGAAUUUAAAAAUAAUUAAUAAGAUGGACGAAAUAUUUAUCCCGAUUAAAUGGUGGUAGAGGACGUCUGUAAAUAUGUAAAACGUGAAAUAAUUAAUCGUAAAAACAAAACAAAAAUGAUAAUAAUAAUAAUUAAUAAUAAUAAUAAUAAUAAAUAAUUAAUAAUAAUAAUAAUGAUAAAAAAAGAAAAGAAAAAAAUUAAAAAACAUCUAAAUAAAAACGGUGGUGGAUGAGAAAUAAGAUGCGACGGAAAAAUAGAGGGUGUCAAGGCAAAGGGAACCAAGAGCAAAAGGGGUUGCUGUUGAUGUUAAAAACGAUGAUGCGAGUGUGUGGUAAACACGAAAGCGAGAACGUGAGAGAGCGUCGGUGAAGAUUUAAGAUGGCCGCGAGUGAGAGAAAAAUCGUUUAGUUUUGCAGACGAAUGCAAGAGACGCGAACAAAAAAAACGUAGUAUAUAUAUGUAUGUAUACAUACAUAUAUGUACGUACAUAUAUAUUUAAAAGCAAGUGAGCUGAUGGGGAGUGGUCAUGAAAGUUGCGAAAGAAUGUGCGUACAAAGUAAAGAGAGAGAGUGAGGUAGAGAAAAAAAAGUAAAAUAAUCACGCGAAAAUGAUCGAAAAUAUAACAAAAAUAUAAUAAUAAAUAAUUAAGUAAUUAAUUGACGUAAUGAAAAGGCUAAACCAUAAUAAUAAAGAAAAAUAAAGCGGACGGAUACCCACUGUGCUACGGAAUACGAAGAUUACACGUCACAACAGAUUGACGAUGAUGCGAUGUACGAAGAAAGGUAUGACUCUUGUAUACUAUUACAAUAUUUCAAUGUAUAUUUAUACACCAGGUAAUUUACUAUUACUAUCUAUACGACGAUAUUUUGAUUGGUUUAUAAAAUGAGAUUGGUGCUGAUAACUAACUACUUAGGUAAGCAUUAAAAAAAAAAUUUUUUAAAUAAUAGUAAAAGUGAAAUUUAAAAUACAGACACGAGGGAGGGAAUUUGUGGACGAAGGCUGAGACACUAGAGAUUUAAAUUCGUAAGUUUUUAAUAAAAUAUAUAUAUGUAUCUAUAUAUAUAUUAUAAAGUAGACAGCCGCGUGGCUCAACUAAGAACGUGUUUAGCUGUGUCCGCUCAUCAGAUUUAUUAUUAUUAUUAUUAUUAUUAUUAUUAUUGUAUUAAUUAAUUAUUAUCAUCAAUCCGUAAAUUUCGUGGCAAUACUUAAAGAGGAAGCAAAUGUUUUAUGUACUAGAAAUAGUCUUAUAAAUUUCUAUAUUUAAGACGUGUGAUCUCUCUAAUUAUUGUACAUUAUAUUAUUGAUAAUUGAUCUGUAUCUAGGCAUUCAGAUAUAAGUAACGUUAUUAUUAAAUAAUUAAUUAAUUGAUUCAUUGAUUAGUUAUCAUUAUGAAUAAUAAUAAUAAUUAUUAUUAUUAUGAUUAUAAAUUAUGUAAUAAGUAUUCUCUACAUAGUCUUAUGAUUUAGAGAAGUUUAAAAAAUUAAAAUUAAAAAUAAUAAUAACAGAUUUGAGAUGAUAAUUGUGCGGCCAUAUUCAAUAUGGCCUGAUCGUAGUGCCUCGGAAUUGCUGCUCGCGGCAGUGAUUUGAUCAUAUUUUAGGAAUGGUAUAUUAUAUUGAAAAAUAAAAAAAAACCGCAAUUAAUUAUCAGUACUCUCAUACAAGUACUAAAAAAAAAAAGAAAAAAAAUAUUUAAAAAAAAAAAAAAAAAGAAAAAAAAAAUACUAAAAAAAUGAAAACAAGAAAAAAAAUCGUGUCAUUUAAUUGUCACGCUAAACUAUUAUAUAUUUAAAAAAAUUUUGGUUUGAUAUUGUCGUACGAAUUGUGCAACCGCCAAAAUGCUGUGCUUGACGAUGUGAUCGUUUUAAUAUUAUUAUUAUUAUAAUUAUAUUUAUAUUAUUAUUAUCAUAAUUAUUAUAUAUUAUUAUGAAUAUUAUUUUUAUUUCAUUGGCACGGUAAUACAUUAUUGUCCAAUUAAAAAAUUAAUGAACAAAAAUAAGGGCUUGGCCAAAAUCUAAAAUACGUAAAAUUUCAAAUAAAAUUUGAGAAAAAAUAAAAAAAAUGUAACGAAAAAUUAAAUUUAUCAGUUAAAUUUUAUUUUUUAUUUAAGUUUUAAGUUGUUUUAUACAAAGUAAAUAUAUAUUUAAAGUGCCGCUUUUUGAUAAUUAGUGAAAAAAAAAAAUAUUAUUUUUAUUUCAUUCAAUAAGUUUUUUUUCCUGUGGACUCGUGUAUAGAUAGUGAUAUAUAAAAUAUCUCGAAUAAAAAUCAAAAUUUCAGUCGUCAAAAACUUUCGCGAAUUAAGAAAAAAUUUGAAUUUAAAUUUGACACAAAAUAAGAAUAAAAAUAAACUGAAAUGAGUUGCCAUCAAAUGCCAUUUUAUAAAUUAAUUAAUUUAUACAAAUUUUUUUUUUUAUAUAGAGUAUUAAUUAUAAAUGUUUCUAUUGUACAUUUGAAUAAUAUAUACAAAUAUCAUAUAUAUAUUAUAUAUUAUUAUUAUUGAAUAUAAAUAUAUAUUAUAUAUAUAUAAAUACAUAUAUAAUUUAAAUGUCCAGUUAGAUUACGAUGUAAUAAUAAACAAUAGCAAUUUAUUUUAUUUAAUCAAUCGAACAAAUUAUCGUAUCAAAAAUGAAAUAAAAUAAUAAAAUAAAUUUAUAUUUACGCACAAUUAACGUGUCGCGUUAUCAACUUCACUUACGCUCUCCGUUCUCCAUAAACAAACUGUUAAAAUAGCUGACAAAACCAUAAAAUAAAUUCUAAAAACAAAUAGUUACAUAAAUAUAUACAUAUAUAUAUUUUUCUUCUAUAAUUUAAAACUGUUAUCAGUGAAUAGAAUUCGCUCAAGACAAGAUAAAUCUCAUACACCAAAUACGUACUUAUUAACUUUCCAUAUUAAUUUGCUUAUCAGUCUCUCCACUAUACGUUAAUUGUUUCCCGUUUUAAUGAAUUAAAAAUAUUUUAAUUAAUUUUCGGACGUCCUCGCGGACAAUUGACAGUGACUCUUGCCAAUAAGUCAAACAAAACCUGAAUGCGUCUUCAAAAACAAGACUUUGAACAAAAACAUAAUCAACAAAAAAUAAAAAUGAGGCCUACGACAUGUAGAGUAAAAAGUGUAAAAUAUACAUCAUUGUUUUAUUUUUUAAUUAAUUAAUAUUAAUAUUAUUUACUAUUAUUUAAUUUAAUUAAUUAGUUAUACAAUACAACUAUCGUACUAUGCGUUUUUUUAAUUAUUAAUUAUUAAUAUUAUUAGUUUGUUAUUAAGUUUUAGAGAGAUUUUGCAUAUAAUGCAGUGGUUAGUUUUUAUACUAGAGUUUUAAACUUUUAUUAUUAUAUUAUAUCUAUAUCUUUUUAUUAUCAAUAUUAUAUUAUUUUGUAUUGAAAUAUUGUAGAUGCCUUUUAGUGUUUAUUAAUAGUGAUAAAUAUUUUAUAAUUAAUUACCAAGUUUUAAAAUCUCGCAGUCACAAAACUAAAUAAAGAAAAAAUUAAGCAAAACUGAGUUGAUAAAUAAAAAAAAGAAACUCAACGUCAUGUGAUAUUCGAGCGAUAUGACAAUAUUCGGAAAAUUGUUUUUUUAAAAAUUUUUUUUAUGUAUUUUAAUUGAAUUAUAAAACCGCACUUAGCAGCUAUAUAGAAUUGUACUGCGCUUUUGGAGAGGUGCUUUGUUUUUUUUAUUAUUUUCAAAGUUUUCAUUAAAAUUGCAUUUAUUUAUUUUCUUAAAGAAAAUAAUAUUUGCUUUAAUGUAUAAUUAGUUUUAUUUCUAUAUUAUUUUUUAAACAUGUAUAGUAAAAAAAAACUGAUGUAUGAAUGCGUUAAUUUUUAUUAUAAUUAUUAUUAUUAUUUUAUGCCUUCUUUAUUUUAUUUUUUUAAGUAAAGCGGACAAGUGAACAAAAAUACUACGAGUGUAAGAGUGAUAGAAUACUCUAUAUAUAUAUAUUUUUAAAUAUUGGUAUAUAGUGAUUAAAAAAAAAAUGAUGAGUAAUAAAAAUUUGGGCACAACAUCCCUCAUAGCUAAACUAAAUGCUCAAGAUUAUAAUUAUAAUUACUUAUUAUUAUUAUUAUUAUUAUUAAUAUACAUUAGAUUAAGUUUUUUUAAUUAAUCCAUGUAUCAAAAUAUGUAAAUUAUUAUUUUUUUUCACUAUAAGACUCAGUCAACUGGCCGUGUGCAAGCCUUUGACUUUCAAGCGACGGGAUGAUGCGCCCAAGAAUAAUUUUUCAUUUAUUUACGCCAUUUUAUUGUUUUAUUUUAUAUUAUUAUUAAUUAAUUAAUUAAUUAUUAUUAUUAUUAUUAUUAUUAUUAUUAUUAUUUGCUGUCUCUUCCAACCGUCUCUAUUGUGAGAGUGAACGAUUUGUGUUAAUUAUUUUUCAUAUUUUAUAUAUAUAUUAUAAAAAACAAUGAAAAAAUUUUUUUUAUAACGAGAACCAACUCGUACUUAGCAAUUUCUUUUUUGUCUUUUGGCGACUGCGCUUCAAAAUUGAGCUUUAAUUAAAUAAAUGAUUGAACAAAAAAAAAUAUAUAUAUAUAUAAAAAAUAGUUGAAUGAACAAAAAAGUAUAUAAGACAAAUAUAUAGAUAUAUAAUAAAUAAAUGCCCGAAACAGUGCGCGACAUAGGUGCAAUAAAUAAUCUAUUAUUGGGUGGCAGUCGGACCACGUCUUGCACCCGUUUUCACUUGUCGUUAAAAUUAAAGUGAGUACGGUGUGCCAAGUAACUGGUACUGCGCAAUUAAAAAUUAAUAAUUCACAUCCAGAACAAAACAUACAAUUUUUUUUAUUAUUUAAACGAAUAAAUGCGUGACUUUGCCAUAUGUAUACACACACUUAUUCCAAUUAAAACAAAUGUAAAAAAAAAAUAUAUAUAUAAUGGAAAAUAAUAA